GGGGGCUGUACGGUAUGCAUACUUGUGGCGAUCGUGUCAUUGCUGCUUCAACUACGUAUGUACUGUGUACCAGUAGUACUCGGCGAAUGUCAUAGACCACAAAAAUUGCUUGUCGAACAACUUCGCCGAGGUCUGACCACAUCACUGAAAGUUCCGACGGAAUGAGCUGGUUUCAUCAUUUUUUUCACCCCAGAGGAAGCUCAUAGUUUGUUUUUUGCAGCAAACAACUCUUUUAAAAAAAGGUACUAAAGUCCAGAUAAGAAGAUGUGCUCGGCUGACCAAGACAAUCAAGAAUCUGAGGUUGGAGGAUGCGAGAAAAUAGGCAACUGGAUCGAUGACUUGAUUCGAGAUGUGUUUUACAAGAUCGGCAAGUUUGUGUCCUUUCGGCCGUGGACCACGAUUGGCUUGACCAUGCUGAUUGGAAUUGGAUUUGGAGGAGGCUUUGCAGUGCUAGAGUCCGAAAAUCGACCAGAAGAACUUUGGGUGCCUCAGAAUACUCUGGCGGAAAAGGAACAGGAAAUGUACCUCAACUACUUUCCCCCAACCACCAGAAUCAACACCAUGAUCAUUUCAAGCAAAUCCCCAAACAACCAGAAGAAUGUCCUAACUGAAACAACCAUCCAAGAUGCUCUCAGUCUCCAACAAGAAAUCCACACCACUCCUUCCAAUUUCAACAAUGACACUUUCACUGCCAAUUCCACUCUAGUGGAUCUCUGCACCAAAGCUGGGGGAUCUUGUGCGUCUUCUUACGACGGAGUUUGUCAGUGCCUAAUGUCUGGAAUUCUCAAAAUGUGGAACUAUGAUCUUGAAACCUUCAACAAUGAUCCUGAUUUCAUGGACACUCUCAACCAGUAUGGAUCCAAAGAAGAUCUCAUGGCGGUGCUGGGAAAUCCUACCUUUGAUUCCUCUGAUCAGCUCGUCUCUGCAGAAGCUUUCACUGUCACUUAUUUUCUAGAUGACAGAUCCUAUGUGCAAGAUGGAUCCACACAAGAUCCCAUCAAUGAACAGUGGGAACAAGAUGCCUUUCUCGACGUCAUUCAAAAAGACCCCACUCCUUACACCAACGUCAAUAUUGCCUACUUUUCUACACGCAGUUUCAGUGAUGAAUUCGGAGGAGCCAUUACGGGAGAUCUCAAUCUCGUACAGAUCAGUUAUCUCGUCACGUUUGUCUUUCUGGGAGCCACUUUGGGAAAAAUCAAGUGCGGACCGGGUUCCCGUUGGUCCAUGUCCAUUGCCGCCGUUGCCAUGAUUGGACUCUCCACCAUUGCAGGAUUCGGACUCAGUGCUCUCAUUGGACUAUUCUUUGGACCUGUUCACUCCCUCCUUCCUUUUAUUCUACUCGGAAUUGGUGUCGACGAUUGCUUUGUCAUUGUCAAUGCAUUUGACCGAGAACGAAAAGUCCCACGCAAACACGAAGAUGACGAAGCACUCGUAGAACGAUGUGCUAGAGGAUUGUCGCGAGCAGGAGCUUCCAUCACUGUCACGUCCAUGACUGAUCUUGUCGCUUUUGCCAUUUCAUCCACCAGUGCAUUGCCCGCGCUUGCCAGUUUCUGUGCCUACGCUUCCAUCUCCAUCACGUUCCUAUGGUUCUUUGCUUCCACAUUCUUCACUGCAUGUUUGGUACUCGAUGAACGCCGUCAACGAGGAAACCGACGCGAUUGUUUCUGUUGCUUGACUCGCGGUAGUGGUGGCAACGACAACGACAAUGACAACAACGAUAAUGAAUUGACCGAAGAAGACUUGAACGAUAACCAGGAAGGCAUUGCAUCCACAUACUUUCGCAAGUACCAUGCACCCGCCAUUCUAUCCAAGCCCGGAAAGGCCAUUGUAUUGCUCAUCUUUGCUGGAUUGCUCGGUUUUGGAAUCUAUGGAGCCAUCAACCUCAGUGUCGAAAACACAGAAAGAAACUUUAUCCCAACCGACAGUUACAUCAUCGAUUACACCGACGCCGCCGAUACUUGGUUCAGUGACGACGGGACUUCUGUUUAUUUCAUCUUUGAAGAAACACAAGCCAACAUUGGCAAUGGCAUCUACGACAAGCGCGUCGAAUUGGCCGAUCUCGAUCAACGUCUGACUGAAAAAUCAACCGCACCUCCUUACAUUGCCGAACCCGUCUCGGCGGAUGCCUACCGCAAUGUCAUGACAGGACUCGAAGAAUAUCUCAUCGCGGAAGGAACCGAUGCCAUUGGAAAUGCGACACUGGGAGCCGAUGGAUGGCCCACUAAUCAAGAAGACUUUGUCAUGACCUUGGAAAACUAUGUCAACUUUGGGGCUCCAGGAUCGCAGUACAGUCAGGAUGUCGCCAUGGUCAGCGAUGCGGAAACCCGCGAAACUCGUCUUGAAGCCAUUCGUGUGGAAGCGGAAUACGUUCGAUUGACCAAGGAAAAGCGUGGAGAGGUCAUUGAAGAUUCCAGCAAACAGAUUGAAGCCAUGGAUGCCACUCGUGCCAUGCAAGAAUCGUGGACGGAUUUGCCCCCAUCCUUCACAUACAGCAACAUCUUCUUGGCCGUCGAGGGAUUCAAGGUCAUUCAGCAAGAAUUGUUUUCCAAUGUUGGACUGGCCAUCAUGUCCGUCGCCAUUAUUGUGCUCUUGACCGUGGGCAGUUUCACCACCACCAUUUUGAUUACUUUGAAUGUUGCCUUUUGCAUCGUUGAGAUUCUUGGGUUCAUGUGGGCCAUUGGAAUUGCCAUUGACUCGGUCAGUGUCAUCAACAUUGUCCUUUCCGUUGGUUUGUCGGUGGAUUACAGUGCCCACGUUGGACACUCCUUCAUGCUCAAGGGAGGCAACAACUGGGAUCGUCGUGUGACGGAGACGCUUGCCGAUAUUGGAGCCGCCGUGCUGUGCGGUGCGACCUCCACCUUUUUGGCCGUUGCCGUUUUGUUGGGAUCUAGCUCGUACGUGUUCAAAGUUUUGUCGACUCAGUUUGCGUUGACAGUGGCGUUGGGAGUGUCACACGGUUUGGUGUUGCUGCCCGUGCUGAUGUCCCUGGUUGGCCCAAAGCCCUUUGCUGCGGCAGAAGACCUUGACGCCCCCGUGGCCGGAGGCAAGAAGGAAGACAACGAUGACGACGUGGAGAUUACAAAGAAGGUGGACAAUGCUAGCUCGGAGGAAGAUGAUGCUUCCAUUCCCGUUCCUGUUAUGGUGGAAGCCGAAGUUCCUGCAUUAACUCGUGUCGAGAGUGAUGCCAAGAGCAUUGAAGUGUAGGAUCCGAAGAUGAUCAGCCUACACGUUUGUAUGCUGCGACUGUGACUCCCACACCAAGCAGAACGAUCGCCAUCCAGGCAGUCAUGCCAUGCCAGGACGAGAGUUUGCCAUUUUUCAAAGCAAGCAGCAAGCCAACAACCAAUGUCCUUUUUGUAUGCAUAUCCCCUCUUCUUUCCUCUGUACAAAGAACGAACCCACAAACAUCCUUAAUGAAUACAUGUAAUGAAUGUCUAUACCUACUAUCCUUCUAGAAAACAACUGAAUUCAAUACUAGUAUUAUAAUCGAGUGUGCAACCAGAAUCGUUUUCAUUGGCUG